UUUUUUCUCAUUAAUUUUGUAGCCGCCGCCAAGUGUGGAGACAGAGCCAGUUCCAGUCCGGGAGUUUUUUGCCAUCUCAACCGAGUGCACCUCUGCUGACCGUGCGCGUGUGUAUGUGUGCGAGUGUAUGUGUAAAUGUGUGUGUCGAGGUUCUGAUUCCGAAUCAAAUCUUGAUCGCUCCAUUCCUGUCCUCCACCGCACGGCAUUUGAAGCUGCCUCAGAUUAGCCACGAGCGGAAGCCCAGUUUUCUUCUCGUGUGAGAUCGUGCGCCUCCAAUCUCCCGUUCUUCCGGGAACAAGCUCGAACCGUCUCCACCUUUGUCUCUAGCAGGCUUGCGGCAGCUGCGGAAAGUAGUCCGGUACUGUGAAUUUCUGUGUGCUUUCGGGUGUGUGUGUCAGUCUGUGUGUGUGUGCCCGUGUCUGUCCAGUCUGAUUGAAGUUAACGGAAAAGAUGGCAGCCGUUGUAGCACUCGGGGCGAACGUUCUUUCGGCGAAAUCCAUUAUUUGCGACAUCGAGGGAACUACCACGUCGAUUUCGUUCGUAAAGGAUACGCUCUUCCCGUACGCGCUGAAACAUGUAGAAGGGUAUCUGAAAAACAACUGGAACGAGGAGGCGACCAAGACGGUCGUGACAGCUUUACGCGAGCAAGCUGAAGAGGACAAGAAAGCGGAAGUGGAAGGAGUUGUACCAAUUCCUACCGGUGAUUCGGAAGAUAUUAUUCCGGAGAUUGUCAAAAACGUUGAAUGGCAAAUGUCUCUAGAUCGCAAGACGGGCUCGCUGAAAACGCUGCAAGGACUGGUCUGGGCAAAAGGGUAUAAGGAUGGAUCCAUCAAAGGACAUGUGUACGACGAUGUGCAGAAGGCGUUCGAGCAGUGGACGGAAAACGGUCGUAAGAUCUACAUCUACUCAAGUGGCAGUGUCGACGCCCAGAAGCUGCUCUUUGAGCAUAGCGAGCAAGGCGAUCUGCUGAAGUAUCUUUCCGGACACUAUGACACUAAGAUCGGCGCGAAGCGAGAGAAGGAAUCCUACACAUCCAUCUUGAAGAAUAUCGAAUCAUCUCCUGAAGAGGCAUUGUUCCUUACUGACGUAUAUGCUGAAGCCAAAGCGGCAAAGGAGGCUGGCCUCAAUGUUGUGCUGCUCGAUCGUCCUGGCAAUUCUGAGUUGUCUGAAGAGGAACGAAAGGAUUUCCCCGUUAUUGCUACGUUUUCAGAUUUGUCUUUUGCAGCAGAAACCAAAGAGGAGAAUGGAGGCGCCACCAAUGGCAAGCGUAAGAUCGAGGAAACGAAUGACGACGUUGCCGAGGAGGAUAAAGCUCAGGAGCAGCCACCAUCGAAAUUGGUGAAAGUGGAAGAAGACAAGAAGAUGGAAUCAGCUGAAAAUGGAGAAAAAGAGUCGACCAAGCCUCCUGUUGAAUCUGCAAGCCUUCCCGAUAACGCUGAAACAAUGGAAGUGGAUGGAGACGAAGCCGCAAAAAAGACUGAAUCGAAGGAAGAAAAGGACGGUGAAAAAAUGGAAGAAGACAACACGGAUAAGCUGGAAGAAAAGACGGAAGCAAUGGAAACAGAUAAGAACGAAGAUGUUGUAGAAAACAAAAAGCCAAAUAUUGAAAGUAGCGAGCCAGAAAAAGAACGAAAAGAGGAGGUAAUUGAAAAAGAGAAAGAAGGAGAGCAAAAAGAGAAAACUGCUGAGGUAGAAGAAAAGGCUACCGUUAAAGAAGAUGAGGUUAUUGCGAAAGAAAAGGAAAAUGAAGGCAAAAACGAAAAGGAGACAGCAGAAACAGAAGGAAAAGUCAAAGAAUCAGUAGAAAAUGGUGAAAAAGUCAACGAAGAAGUAGAAAAAGAUGUUGAAAAGGAAUGCAACGUAAUGGAAACAGGAGAGAAAGAAGAGAAGGUAGAGAAGGAAAAGAACGAAGAGAAGGAAAAGAAGGAAGAAAAGAAAGAGAAGGAAGAGAAUGUAGAAAAGGAAACUAACGUAGAGAAGGAAGAUAACGUAGAAAAGGAAGACAAGGUAGACAAGGUAGAAAAGGAUGAAAAAACUACAGAAAAAGAGGAACCAUCAACUAAGGUAAGCACAGCUUCCAAGACUAACGAAGAAGUAGCAUCUUCCAAGACUAAGGAUGAAAAUGAUGGAGGAAACAAGGUGGAAAACAAGAAUAUGGAUACCACAGAAAAGAGUGCAGUCGAAGAAAAAAAUGGCGAUAAAAAUACUUCUGAAGCAGGUAUUGCCAAAUCGGCGGAAGAUGGUAAGGCAGAGGCGGAAACAGCACCAGUACUUGCCGAGACAGUUGUAGGCGACAAGAAAGACAUUGAUAAGACCGCCGUUACUUCAGCGACUCCUGACACGGUAGAUGACUCGAAGGAGGUCGAAGUUACCAAAGGGGUUGAGGGUAAAUCGGACGAGACAGUGGACGAGGUAGCUAUGGAGGUGAAGGAAGAUUCCAAGGCACAGGAAGACGCUAAACCCAGUAGUGAUGUAGUAGAAACGGAAAAGAGUAAUGGAAGCGAUAACAGUGUAUCGGAGAAGCAGGAAUCUGAAAGUCCCAAGGAGGAGGAUGGUGGUGUAGAAUCUAAGACACAUAAUGAACAGAAUGGAACCCCGUCGGAAACUAAGACAACCACGAACGGUAGCAGUAAGAGUGACGAAGAAAAAAAUGGUGAUAGUGACAAAGAAAACGACACUUCACUGAGCAACUGCGAGACAGACGACACAACUGCGGAGAAAACAAAUGGAACUGCCACCCCAGUAGAAAGUACCAACGCUGAGGAUGUUCCCUCCUCUGAAAUCAAGGCUAAAAAGGUGAUCGAAGCCGUUACGCCUGCAGUUACACCAGCACAACCGAUUGAGGCAGAAUCGUAAGCUGAGUAGAGUCGUCACAAGACGCAGAGGUGCGGGAAAUCAAAAUGCCUUUCAGGUGUUUUGAUUAUUCCGUUGCUUUGAGAUUGGCACAUUAUGAUUCCUUUUUGUUAUUUUAAAACUAAACAACCGAAGAACCAUCUUUCGCACACACAUAGGAACGGACUGCAACAGCAGAAAAACGAGUAGCAGUUGUGACAGAACGUUUAGUCUUAAUGACGCAUUUGAUGAUAUGUCCCGAACAGAACAGGCAGGAACAGGAAACACAGGAUUUGAGUACUUAGACGGAGAAGAACUCGAGGAAUCACACACAUAUAGCUGUAUCAGUGACGAUCUAUUUCUUAGUAAUUACAAUUUUUAUAAACGUAUUUAUAUCAUUUGAUGCCACUGACAUAGGAUUCGCAUAGAAGGAUUACAAAUGUACGAACAUAUUGCAUUAAAGGAUUGUAGAAAGGAGAACCGUUGCGCA